AUGUCAGGCAAGCCCGCGAGUGUGGGCGCGUCGCGAGCGGGCGUGCCGGGCACUCCGCGCGUGGUGGUGUACGUGGCGGACCCGCGCCAGCUAGAGCCCGGCGCCGCGGGCUCAGACCCGCCGCCCGCUGCCGCCGCACCUGCCAACCUUCCGCCACCUCCACUAGAUACCCUCUACAUCCCUGAUCAUGUAAACCACCAGGUCAAUUUGCCGAGAAAUACUGUAUACAGAACACAGCUGGAACAAAGUGAUCAAAGAAACCUGCCUAGUACCAUAUUUUAUAAACCAUUAAAUGAUGAAGGGAAAGUGGGUGUUUAUGGGUCAUCUGAAAAUGUAACCCAAAGGACAGACUUUUAUCCUAUUUCUCAACAUUAUAUUAAGGAAAGCUGUUUAAAAAGUGAAGAUAGUAGGAGUGAUCGGGCAGGAAAUUCAAGUGUGAAAAGAGAUUGUUCAGAUCAAGUGGGUGUGGAGUUUAACAGUGUUGAUACUUUUCAUAGCCGAACACCAAUAGAUACAGUGGAUCUGGCAGCAUAUCAGGCAAGGUGCUCUGGCCCAGUAGGUUCUGAUAAUACUAUGAGUGUUAUGCCCCCUGGUGCCGUGCGUCAUGGGCAAAACCAGUAUAGUGAGAAUGUAACAAUCCAGAGUGGUGGUGAUGGAACAAAUUGUAGUGAAAGAGAGCUAUCUGUGUGCAAGAGUUUUGUGAACUAUCAUGUUUUAGAACAGAGUGUAUCUCAUCAGUCUAUAGUGAAUCAAAGCAUAAGUAUACUGAAUCAGCAAGUUGGAGUGAGUAGAGGAAUAAUUAAUGAAGGUGACAAUGGUGCACCUCAAUUAGUCCGGACUGCAGAUGGUGUUGUUUUGGCUGUACUUCCAUCACAGGUUCUGCCCCAUCCACCUGAUACUCCAGAGCUUAGCUCUAGGACAGCUAUACAAAGUGAUUGUCCACAGACAAUAACAGUGCCCUUGGGCUGGAAGAGAAUAGUAAAUGGCACAUCAGUUCUCUACAUUAGUCCGAGCGGUACAGCAUUGAGUACUCUCCCGCAGUUACGAGAUUAUCUCCAGACGUCUGGGACCUGUAAGUGUGGACUACCUUGUCCUCUAAGGCCAGAAACGACGUUCAGCUUUGAUUCUAAGGUGGUGAGCAAGCCGUACCAAGCAGCGUCAGGAGUGGAGUUGACGAAGCUCUGCAAUCACAAACGGAAACUACUCACGACGCUUCAAGCACGGGCACAGUCUCCUGCAACUCCACCUCCUUUAACCAUCGAACAAAAGAAAGUAGCGGGUACAGAAGUCGCCCUACUUAAGAAAGGAAAAAUGAAGAAACGUCCAGGAUUCCCCCCUAGCGUAAGCGUGUCUCAACUGAUGGUGCAAAGGGAACGACCGCUUAACGAGUUCAAGGGGCAGGAUCUUGAAACCAAACGGGAAUCUGCCACGGGUAUGGGAUCGCAACGUGGCAAUGGAAUUCAGCCUCCGUGUCUACCCCCUUAUACAUCUGUUCAUCAACAAAAUGUGAUGAAUACUAUAUCUCAAGAUACUGAAAUAAAACAAGAGGCACACGUACAAAGGAGUUCCCAUUAUCUUACUGUCAACAGCGGCUGGAUAUCACAACAUUCACAGUCUCACUUGGAAAGUCACGAAAGUGGACAAAAACAAAAUUCUUCGGCUGUGAACACCUCUCACAGUGGUGGUUUACCAAUUGUAGGAACCAAUGGACAAAUUAUUGGCGUUAAUACGUCUCAUGUUAAACAAACAAAUAAUUACAAACAGGUUUCAGGAAUGUCACAAAAUGUCUACGAUCAAGAAAUAAAAGAGGAAAAGAAAGAUGUUGCCCCCAUGCUACAACAAAACAUGCAGGUUACUAAAUAUCCAUAUAAAGAAGAAGAACCGCAAAUAUUUUGCGGGUUAAAUCAAGCUUUAACGCCUGAAGUUAUGCAAAAAAUAAACGAACAACAACAGAUAUUUAUACAGCAGAAUCAAAAACAGAUUGAAAUUGCUAUGAAAGGAUAUAGAACACAGUUAGCGGAAAAUAUCAAUCAGAAUAAAUCUCCAGGUCUUCCUCAAUAUGUUCCUCAGGGCCAAUUAGUUAUACAAAAUGGUGCAGUAGUGAAAACGAAUCCUGCUAAAACGCCUCCGUGGCAAGUGAAACGAAGCGAACCUAACGCUUCAAACCCCAUGACUAGUCCUACUCCUAAACUACAGAAAACUGAGAACGAUUAUGAAGAGAGUAAUACUAGUAUAUCUGAAGAUUCUUCAGGGUCUUAUAGCUCGUUUUCGAGUAGUGAGCAAGUUAAUAAUCAAGGUAUGUGUCCGCGUGUGCCGCCCUUACCUCAACACUACAAUAUGGUAGGACAACAAUGGCCAGCUGUUGACACUAGUAAGAAAAAGACAAAAGAAAGCAACGGUAAGAAUAGUAAGAAAAAGAGCAACACUACAGAAAAUAAGACACUCAAUUUUGGGAAUAAUGGUAUGAGAGUGAUGCAAGAACAGAAAAAUAUUGGAGAUGAAGGGCCUAGUAACAUUGUACCAUCGUUCAUGGACGAUCCUAAUGGAUAUUUAGCACAACAGACUGUACUAUUAAAUAAUACUAUUUCAAAACAAGUAGGUAUUAAUUCGUCCUACGACACCAACCAAUAUGAUAAUUCUAAUUCUGCUAAUUACAGUGUUACACAGAAUCAUCAAAAUCAAAUGGAUAAGAUUAAAUCUAUGUCUAAAGCUGUAGACAUGUCUAAUAUUUACAGAAUUAAUGUGCCAAAUCCGUCUUCAUCACCUACUAGCACACCGGACAGUAGUGUUUUAUUAGAAAAGGGGACGGACCAUGUUAUGCCACAGUGUUGUAAAGGAUGUACCGCGUCAAUUAAAAGUAACAGUCCAGAAUAUACUGAUAAUCAAAUGCGUCUGAAAUACAUGAAGCAACAUAUGUAUAAAAUGGAGUUAGACAGCAAUUCAACAACAUCCAGUCCCAAACACGGAUUUGACGAUAAUCCUGUGACAUCGUCAACAUUCAUUGAAAGAGGUCCAUUGUUGAAUGAUAAUUGUGGGCCAAUACAAGCAGCGACUGUGAGCACUAGUAAUGUAUCUAUCACAGAGACAUUACAACCUCCGGAGCCAUCACCGACGUUAUCAAAUAGUUCAAGAAGUACUGACACUCCUCAUAGUAAUGGCAGCAAUAAUUCCCAAAUGCAGUCUAACUGUUCGUACCCUAUACCUAGUCCUGCUUAUGCCAAUUCAGGAUCUUGUAGAGAUUACUUUAGUAGUAAUCCUUUAACACCUGGAAGUAAUCAGUUAUAUCCUUAUAAUGCACCAGGCCCCCCUCAUAGUCAAUCAAUCACUGGAACUCAAGUUAUGCAUUUCAUAUCAAACCACAAUGUUAAUAAAAAUCUCAUGGAGGUCGAUAACAUAUCCAUGGUUGGUGUAAAACCUGGUUUGAAACCAGCUCAAGAUAUCUUCAGGUUGGAAUCGAGACGAAGGGUCGAGAACUCAAUGCCUGGUUACUGUCCACCUCCUCACUUAGGUGGUGGCCCUGCUCAUUCUUUAAUCCAGGCCUGUUAUGUGCAAACUUUUGUCACGACGAUGGCAAGCGGUUUUUCAGUAACCAGAGAUACAGUUACUUCAGUGUUAGCUGGAAAGGCCAAUACGGCUACAACAUCAAUUAAUGCGUCUCAAGCAAACUUUAUAAGACCACCUCCACCACCGAGUGUUAAUUUGGCUACAACAUAUGCUAUUCCUAAUAACCAGCCGGAUCCUUUCAUAAAUUCUGUAAAUUUGCCUACAAGCUAUCCUCUACAUAUAGCAGGAACAACUGCCCAAAAUAUGAUAUCUAAAUCUCCAUUGGAAAUGGUUCAAAAUGUUAUUGGAAGUUUACCUUCAAAGCCAGAAACCAGCAAUACGCAAGCGACAUCAUUAGCACAAUUAAACAGAAGAACUUGCACAACUCCUGGACAGAUAUUAAUAUCGUCCACGGGUCAGAUUUUAGUCUCAAAUAACCAAAUGCCGCCUCCGCCUCCUAAAACUUCAACAGCUAUAGCGUCUAUGCAAGGCAAUGCAUCAAAUGUUACUUCAUCUGUUACUCAAGUAGUUCCUGCAGUGGGGGGGAUGCAACCUAUAGUUAACCAACCUACCGUUGUAGUUAACACUUUACCGGCCCCGUUUGUUAUCCAGCCACCUAUGAUGGCUGUAGAUGGUCAAGUGAUGCAACAAAAUACCGUAAUACCUCAAAUAGUGACUGGUGGCAUUGUGUCGGGACAGUCACCAAACGAAAGUCCUCGACAAAUGGAUGUGAAAAACAACCAAGGCUACGUACAAGGGGUAGCCAUGCUUUCUCCGGAAAGUGUAAAAAAGAGAAGUAAGAAAAAGAAAAGCCCUGCAAAUAUUACAAAUGUUUUACAAAUUACUGCGCCUCAACCAAAUCCUAACAAUAUAAUGGUUCACCAUUCUUCACCACAACAUAAUUCUAGUCCGCAGUUUUCACCGCGAGGAUUUCAGUUAUCACCUAAUAAUAAUAUAUCGCCAACGCCGAUGCUGCAAGCCUUAACUAUAGUUCCUGGUAAGUCUGGGACACCAGCGCACAUAGUAAUGAAUGGACAGGGAAAUACCAACAAUUUUGGAUCUCAACAAAUCAUUACAAAUACUUCACCAUCACAACAAAUAAACUUACUUCAACCUGUCAAUCUUAUAAACAACGCCAGUAGUGUUGUUCCAAAUUUCCCGGCUUUCCAGCAAUUUAUUGUGCCAAAUCUUGGGGGUAUGGUUAUGACAGCGGAUGGAACAGCUAUCAUUCAAGACAAUUCAACUGGAAUGCCAGUACAACUCCAACUUCAAACAGUUAAUGGUCAAAGUGUUUUAACACCUGUGCAGAAUCCAGGAGUGUUUACUGCAGGUGCCAAUGGCGGUGUAGUUAUUCGAAAUCAACAAGGUAAAAUAAUACAAUCACAACACAGUCCAGGAGCCCAGUUCCUUUCACCGAACAGUCAAGUUAUGAUGAAUAGUCCUAACUUUAAUGGUCAAUUGAGUCCUUUACUUGCCAACUUGAGUCCGACAAAUGUAGCUUUCAGUGCUAAUGCUCAAGUACGGGGAGGCAACGUACAGACCCAGGAAUUUAUACAGACGAAUCAGAUGGGCCAAGCUCUUAUGGUUCCGUUAUCACCGAAACAGGUCUCGAUAGCUGGCUCCAGCAAUAGAAGUAACUCGACAUACGUGCACCAAAACACCACAAUCGUACAACAGCAAACAACGCUCGUAUCCAAUUCGCACAACACUCAAAUGUCAUCGAUAACUACAAAUUUACAGGGUGGCAAUGCAUCCAGAUUGAGUAUUGAUCCAAACGUUUUACUGACUAACAAUAAGCCGAUAACUAAUCAAAAGAGAAAUUUCGGUGAGUCCCCGCCUCAGAACGGCCAAGCCGAAGAUGUGAGGGACGAGAAGCAAGAAAAUAUGGCCUUCCGUGGGCAGCCAGAAAACGAAGCGAAAGUUGAUAAUUCGGACGGAUACAUGAAAUUUAUGAACGAGUUCCCAAUGUUGGGACAAGGGUUCUCGCACGUGCGUCACUCAGUUUCCACUCAGACGCUAGUGAACCGAGGCAAGUCUCCGAGCGGGGCCGCGUGCGCGAGCAGCCCCCCCGACACGACCACGCACAGCCCGCUGGGCGCGCUGGAGGCGGCGCCCAGUCCCAGGCUGUACGCCGCGCGGUGUCUCUCCACGCAGGCCAACUACGCUGACACCACUACCAAGUCGCCCGAACCUUCAGACGCUAACUCCUCGGCCAUGGUGCAAUGCGUUUCAAGCAGUGAGCCAGAUAUCGCGGAAUCACGGGAGCACACCUGGCCUGUCGCACGGAACGAGUUUAACUCUGACACAGAUGCGCAAAGUAUGAUAUCACACACACCAGUGAUGCGUCAAAGUCGCUCACAUAAUCCUGUAGAAUCUACCGACAUGCAUUAUAACCAAAGCAUGAACACACCACCAGUUCACAAUCAACAAGCCACGCAAAUGGCUUCAAACUACUAUGACCGAAGUUUAGGUUACAAAAGGAAAAACGAUUUUGGGGACACACCGUCCUACAAACCUGACAAGAUCAUGAGGACAGCCAACUAUAAUAUGGUCCAUGGAUUAACUAAGGAUUCAGAGUAUGACGGUAUGGGUAUGAGUUCUCCAGAUAAACCUCAACGACAUUUUCCUUCUGGUAGCUCAGAUACAUCGACGAUGCCCAAAGUAUUUGAUAGACAUUUGGGCUCCGGCGACGAUACCAAGAGCUCGGACGAUUCGGACGAGGCGGGCGAGGAGGAGGCCGGGGGCGGCAAGUUCGAGGUGGGCGACCUGGUGUGGGGCCCCGUGAAGGGCUACGCGUCGUGGCCCGGCAAGCUGCGCGCGCGCGCCCGCGCCGGGCGCUGGGCCGUGCGCUGGUUCGGCGCCGACAAGCCGCCCGCCGCCGUGCACCACUCGCGCCUGCUCACGCUGUGCGAGGGGCUCGAGGCGCACCACGCCGCGCGCAACCGCCACCGGAAGAGUAGAAAACUGAACACGCUUCUCGAGAACGCGAUUCAAGAGGCGAUGGCGGAGCUCGACAAAAAAAGUGACGGCUCGAGGGUGUGCGACGAAGAACCGGAAUCGGAGUGUGCCAUCGAAGAGGAUGAACUCGUAGAAGCGGCGCGACGAGCCAAAAAACAUGAUAAAUCCAGAAAUAGGGACAGGCAUCACAAGAAAAAUUCAAUAAAAUUAGUAUCGAGUCCGAGACGGUUCCAGGUGUACCUUAAGAACGAUUUAUCGACUUAA